UUGCUAUUAAGUACCACCAAAUUAAUUUAGCUGCGAAUUUGCAGGAGAGCCAAACAUUUGUUUGUGUCAACAACGAGCUUGUAUGCAAUUCAUGUAGAGGAAUCGAUCCACCAAAGAUCUGUGCUGGCUGUACUCGUGAAUUCAUGCCAGAAGAGAAGAAAAUUGGAGUGAAGGAAAACAAUGAGUAUUACCACGAACUUUGUUUCCUGUGCAGCAAAUGCAACAACCCUAUAGGAACCCAGCAGUUUGUAAGAACAGGCCCAGGGACCCAAACCUGUAACAGCUGCUAUCAGUCACGUCUUCAGGAUUGCAUCAAAUGCGCAAUGGCAAUCAAAGGAAACGUGGUGAAAUUUGAAGGCAUGCCUUACCAUCCUGAGUGUUUCAUUUGUGAGCAGUGCAGAGUUCCUUUGUCAGGUAUGCUUUUUGCACUUUUGCUAUAAUGAACUCGCAGUGUUAUGUUAAGUUGUCUGUAUAUACUCAAUCGAACAUAAUCGCCGCUGGUUAUGCCAGUUAGAAGCGCCUUGGUUAUUUGCAUUGGCAGUUGAUAUCAUAUUAACCAACUCAGAGCUGCCAUGAACUGAAAGGGAAUCCACUCUUGCAAAUAGAGAACGAGAUAUCCCCCAAAACAAAAUGAUUCCCUGGGAUUUUCAGAUAAAACAUAGAAUUUCAACCAAUGGUGUACGAGAUUCUUAUUGAGUUAUUUGCUCCUCGAUG